CACGCCGUAAAUUCAAUUCAAAACGGAUGCAAGUUCAUGUUGGGUAAUUCACAGCGAACAUUACAUAUAAUAUUUUGCCCAGUCAGUUGUUUGACUGGAUUUGUUCCACCUUGGACAAAACUUGCUCUCAUUCGAAAGUAGCACAUUUCUACCGAAUUUUUGCCGAACGUGGCAACGGUGUUCAACGGCAAGUGGUGGAUGCGUACACAGAAUUUACAAACAUCUGGUGUUUGUUGUUGUGCACAGUGAAUUUGUUGCGAGUAUUCAAAAGUGUUUUCAGGUUGUUUUAGCGGCAAUUAUAGCAUUGUUAUCAUUGAUAGACAAUUUUCAAAGACAAUGGGACGUCGGAAGUGCAUUCUUUGUGAAGUUAGCAGUGAAAAACUGAGGCAACCUUCCACAGAAGACUGGUGCACUAUCCUCAAUAUUGAGAUAAAUGAUUUACCACUUCAUGCCUUUAUUUGCGCAAAUCAUUUUCACAAAAGUGAUUUAAUAGACGGCAAAAGAACUCAACUAAAGCAUUCAGCAGUUCCAUCAGUAGAGCCUUUGAGGCAAACAGAUGAUUCCAGUGAUGAGGAGAAUAAAAUCAAUCUUGCCCAGGAAAUUGCCCUAAGCCAUUCAAAUAGCGAACAACUGGAAAGCAGGAAUCUACCUAGGUAUGAAAUUAAAUAAUCUCCAAAGUAUCUAGAAGUUUGACUAUUGAAGUGUUUACAGAGAACAAAUAAAGUCACCAGAAGUAGCAACAGAAAUGGUAUGUGAAUACAGUUUUCCUGAACAAGAUCGAACAACAGAUAGUAGCACCCUAUCAGCUUCGCUGUCAGGCACCCAGUCAUUAUCUGAAUCCGCUACAUUAAGUGCUCACCACAGUCCCGUACCCAUGCCUCAGAAUUAGAUAUGAUGUACGUACCCAUCUAUUUUUAUUUUCAAGUUCAGCCAGCUAAUAUCAGUCUUUAUUUUAGUGCAUUGUAUUUUCAUUAUUUCAGGAUUUUAAACACAUUCAUAGAAGCAAAAGGUGACAGUGAGGAAGAUAACCUCAAAGAAAAUGAUAGUGAUGGUGAACCUCCACGGAAAAGGUAUUAAGCUUUUAUUUUGAUUCUUCAAGUAUAGUCUGGUGGUAAUUAAACCUGAAGUAAAGAAAAAGGUGACGUUUAUGUAGAUUUGGCGUUUGCUUUAUAGUAGCAUUUAAGCUUUGAAUGUUGAUUGAAAACAAAACCUAUUCGAUACUUCGGCGAUAUACGUUAUACUGAUUUGGAAAACCCACUUAAAAGGCUAAUUUGCUGGAAAGUCAUUCAAAACACGUAUAAGAAACAAAGAAAGACAAUUGACUGUUUACGAGCCAAAACAAGAAGACAAGCAAACAAAAUUUGGUCUCUUCAAUUAUUGACAAACCAUUUGAAGCGAAUAAAUAUGAUAUCGGAGAAUGCUCAACACAUGCUUGAUGGCACCAUUUCAGAAGACAUUUUCAACAAAAUUCAAAGAGGCCGAAAAAAAGAAAAAUAUAGUGCAGAACUGCGUCGCUAAAUGGCUAAAAUGGCUAUCAGAGUCUACAGAGUACGCUAAAUCCCCAAGUAUACCGUUAUGUAUAAAACGAUUUAUAACCAACUUAAGCUCCACAAUAAAUGUAGUCUCAGAAUCUUCCUAAAUAAUAUUUCAUACAGGGUUGACCAAACAGACUAUUUUACAAUACUCGAAAGACCGAAUCUUUAGGCCAUCUCCUCCUGGAAUGUCCAUUAUACAAUCCAUUGAGAGAGCAUAUUCUGUCAGAUCGUUUGAACCAAAUCUGUGUCUUUGCUUGCCUAAAUAAAACGAAUGAGUUGAAUUUAUGAUACAAACUUUUUAAAUACUUUAGGGAACUAUUUAAGAUCUUUCUUAAGGAAUGAAUAGUUUUUUGUGCCUUCAAGAUCAAGACAAUAUUUAAAUUGAUGCGUCAAUUAUUUAUUCUUUUUCUGUUUGUUUAUAUAUUUUUUUAUAUACAACUUUUGAUCAUGGUUUUUUUUUUGUAUUCAUACUCUGGACAGGAAAGUUUCUACUCAAUUCUUAUUAUUUACA